AUAAUUGAGUUAGUUCUGUGAAUAAUUAUUUCAUGCAAGACGCGUAAAAAGCGUUAUAGUGUAAGCCGCAUGGUUUGCGAUGGUCGCGCAAUGCUGUGCCUCGAGUCCCUGGUGACAAGAUGGCGUGAACGUGGUGAACGGGGUGAGAGGCGAACCCGGUCGCGAAGUCUAUGCUCUUCAGCAGCCGAUGGCAGCCUCCUGCAACUACUGCAUAGACGAGCCAGUAGUGCUAUUUCAUCAGCGAGCGAACUAAUCUCUCGACGUGGUGUGUUCUCACGGCGGCAGUAUGGCUCUGUGGAACAGUUAUCUGCAACCGCUGGAGAGAUUGGUGGCGCGGUUGACACGAUCAUCCGUCGCUAUCGACUUGAAAACGGGAACUCACUUGGCGAGAAGGAUGAGUUAUUUGGACCUCCAAGUGCUCCGGUACUCGAGAACCCUGAAUUUCAAACGCGGUGGUACUUCAAAUAUUUUCUCGGAAAAAUGCAUCAAAACUACAUUGGAGUAGAUGGCGCACGUGAACCAUAUCUUCUAAGCGUUGUACAGGAAGGGGCCGGACUUUUACGAGCAAUCCUCUUUAAUAAAAUGGGCGCACACAAAAUUUAUUUACCAGCGAGUGCUUGGAGUGGCGGAGGAGGCCAAACCCCAACGAGGCCGACCCUUAAACAGAUCCUAUCGCAGUUCACAGCCAUUGAGAAAAUCGAUAAAAUGCCCAGAGAGAUAACGUGCCCGGAACUACAAAAGGACAUAUUGUUACUUGAAGAACAGGAGGGGUCUGUGAAUUUCAAGAUUGGUGUCGUUAUAAUGAACCCCGGACAGAGGACUGACGACGAAAUGCUGUCUAAUGAAAAAGGUAACGCGAAAUGGGACAAAUUUAUUUCACUUUUGGGCGACAAAAUUCGAUUAAGAGGAUGGAACCGGUUUCGCGGGGGCUUGGAUGUCAAAGGUGACAUGACAGGCAGCCAUUCCAUUUACACGAUGCACCAAGGACACGAAAUUAUGUUUCAUGUAUCAACAAUGUUGCCUUUUUCUAAGGACAAUAGACAACAGUUGGAGAGGAAGCGCCAUAUUGGGAACGAUAUUGUCAACAUAGUGUUCACUGACGACGCCGCACACAACACUUUCAACCCCCAAUGUGUGAAGAGCCACUUUACACAUAUAUUUGCCGUAGUAUCUGAGGUGGAGGGUGAAGGGUACAGGCUGAGCGUGUACACAGAUGACACGGUGCCCCCGUUCGGCCCCUCACUCCCCUGCCCACCAAUAUUCAGCGACCCUCAACUCUUUAGGGAAUUCCUUUUGGUAAAACUAAUGAAUGGAGAGAAGGCUGCAUUUCAAACGCCAACGUUCGCUCUAAAGAGGCAAAGAACAUUGGACACAUUAAUUAGAGAUAUUUAUGCAGAACAUUGUUCCGACCACAAAGUGCCAAUGUUAUCUCGGCGUGCCCUAUCAGACGUGUGGUCAGGCGGGGCAGGGGCAGGAGGCGCGGGCGCAGCACGUACCGAACGAUUUCUUCACGUGGGACAGGCACUAAAGCUGGAUGCUGUGUUAAGAGGCGAUGCACCUACCAGCCUUGUGUCUACAGGCUCUGGGGGUUCCCGAAGAGCGCCCUGGGAGGGAAGGUUGUGGCGCGCGGCUCCGCUUCCCGCGUCCCCUGUUUGCGCUGAGCAACUCGAUGAAAGCCGAGUGUUGCUCUCUACUACGUCAAAUACUUAUAUUUUAGAAGAAAGUGGCACCACAAGAGUGGUACUACGGUGGGAAGGGUGUGUCCGAUCCGCAAGGAUAACAGAACGCGCUGGCCUAUUCCGAGUCGGAGCCAGAGUUACCUCAGGAGGAGGUUCCACUACAGGCGGUGCGGGGGGUGCAGGUUUAUAUGCCUUACCAAUACAUGAACUAUGUGCUGGGGCUUGGGCCAUGCGGCCAUUGCAAGAUUGCAAACACGCGAGACUUCCUCGUACCAAGACUGCACAUUUCUUUGAUGUAUUGGAACAAGGUGAAAAUGGUAAAACAUUAUUAGCGGUAGCAAUAGGAAGAAGAAUUCUACUUUUAGUUGAAGAGCCUAAGACUGAACAUGAGAUGGGCUUUGAAUAUACUCAUGUCAAGGAUAUUCAACUGAGUGAAACUCCAGUAUUAAUAAAGUUAAUGGACGGCGAACUUCCCGUCACAGUGGUGGGUUACAAACAUCAUUGGGAGGUGCUGGAAACUAGUACAGGCCAGACAGUGAAACGUGUUGAUGGUAGCGAAGAGAGCGGCCCUCGUCGCGGUGCUCUCGUUAACGCCUUAAGAAUUGGAGACGAUAGAGAUGUACAACUAUUACUAUGUUAUAAUCACACAUGUCACUUCGAGCGCUUGACAACAAAAGGCUUGGAGAGCGACAGCGAAUACGACUUCCAUUGGACCACUGUUCCUACAGCCGUUGUGUGCGCGUUUCCCUACAUAAUGGCGUUCGCAGAAGACUUGUUAGAGAUUCGUUUGGUGGCGAACGGAUCAUUGGUCCACGCAGCUUGCAUCCCAGGCCUCAAAAUUCUAUGUGGAAAAAAGGACAUAUUCUACGUGGCAUGUGCCCCUGAAUACGUCCCCUUGGGCCGAGAUAUAGACCCAUGUCUCGGCAGACACGAGAACUACGAGCUAGUGAGGCAGAUGAGCAAAUGUGGUCCUUACUCUAUAGACGACGACGAUGAUUAUAAAAACGAUCAAGCGAACCGGACCCCGGAAAACAAUUCAGCAUCAAGCAGAAGCAGCUCCAUAUCUUCAGAACAGGAGAACAUUCGUCCGCCACUCCACAAAAUUACGCCCAUAUCUCCGCCCACAUCACCUCAAGAGAACAGCGGCCGUUGUGUGCGAAUUUACAAGAUACCACAAAGUAACUUGAGCGCUGCCACUUACCAGCGACAGUCAGUCUCGGCCGACCACGUCGUCGCUUCAUACUUUUCUGACAGGCCAAAUAGCAUAAGACAGAAAUUGGCAGAACUGCGAUGGGACAGCAAAUCGCGUGGUGGUGGCGAAGAAGUGUCCGUUCAUAAUUCGCAGUAAAUAAACGAAACAAACCUGGUAUUAAUGUAGUGUUAACCUCGAGUUUUAGAUUGUCUUACGCCCAAACCCAAUAACCUAUCUCAAUCCAUUUUUGACCAUCUGAGAUAUAAUCUUAAUCCAAAUAUUAAUAAACGUGUGCCAAUAACCAAUCGACGGAUUGUAAUAGCCAUCUUUCGAUACAAGCUAUACAUGGUCGGUCUGACCAGUUUUUAAAAUAAUUAAAAAGCAAUUUGAUGUGUUUCAAACAUAGAAAUGUAUAUUUUAUUAUUAUCUGUACGGUUUUAUUUACUUUAUUUGGUUUAUAUUGAUUAUCAAAUAUGAGUAUAGAGCAAAGAGAUUGCAUUCUAUCCGUCACCAAAAAUGCAUUGUCUGGGUAGGGUUUGGUUAUUAGGAUGCAGGUAGGAAAUCGAUCGACUGUCACGGUCUGAUCUCAGAUAGUUUUCAACCUCAGUUUGUAGAUUAGUUAUUGGGUUCGGGCGGAAGUGUUGUUAAGACAAUUCAUGUAAUAUUUGAGAUUUGCACAAGUUUAUUUUUUUAACUAAUUUGCUUGAAUUAGCUUAUUGUACAUGUUUAACAUAUGAAAGGUUAAAUAAUUGUAAGACUUUCAAUAGUGGCUUUUAAAAUCUAAGUUUGCAUCCUCACUGGGUUCCAUAUUCCAAAUACGAGGCGUAAUUAUUGUUAAAAAAUAUUCGUAGAAAAUAUUUUCAUUGCUUUCUGUAUUUACGUAAAACGAUUUAAUGUCAAAAUAUAUCUAUAUGUACUUUAAAUUCUUACAAAUAAACAUGUUUAUCUUGUAAGUAUAUUUUCGGUGUUUUGUAAUGUGUCACUGGUUAUUUACCGUACUGAAUUAUAUCUGUAAAUAGGAACCUUGACUGUUGUCUAAAUUUAACAUAUUUGAUAAGUCAUAAUAUUCGCUAUAUAUUUAAGUAGCUGUAAGCUGCCCGUGUCAUUGAUAAAAUAUGCCUGGGUGAAUUAGAUUAUCAGUGGUAAUUGUAGCGAAUCCUAAGUUUAAAAAAAACACAAUUUCUUUUAAUCGACAAAAUCACUAACGGUUCUCUGGAUAUAGAACCGAUAUAUGAAUCAUAAUGCUUACUAGUUUAUUUUCCCUAUAUAAUGCAUUUUAAAGUAAUGUCGUUUAUAAUAUUUGACUGCAUUUAUCCGUUUGUAUAAACGUUUCGCAAUAGACUAAUACAGAAUUUCCUGAUAUCCUGUAUCACUCUUUAUACUAGCGUAAGGUUGUAUCUUCUGACAUGCAAGACAAAAAGUGAUGUAUAUAAUCUUCUCUAAGACUAGGAUUCAAAAUAAUCUGUUAAGUGCCAUCCACGUUACGUUCUAGAACUUAAUAUUAACAUUGCGAUGCAAGAGAAUUGAAGUUAUAUUUAGAAAAUAUAGUUAUUUGUAAAUAAAUGGUUUAAUAUUUAUUGCAUACUGUAGCCUAAAUAUUUUUAAUGUUAUUAAUUCCUAAGUCUUAUUCGUGCUAUAAACUUAAAAAGUUUUAAAGUGUUUUGUCCCAUUGUCACAAUAGAGUGAUAAAGACAGAAAACUGAUUGAAUCUCCAUAGAUAUUAAAGUGACUUUAGUCUAAGUGUUUUUAGAAUUAAAAUUAGGCUUAAAAGUUCGUCGAUGUCUAUUUACCCAAAAGAAGAACCAAAAAGUAUUUAAUAGGGAAUAUUUUAAGUAGAAAAGAAUUGUUGUUUUAGGAAUUUAUAAAUUUUAAAGAUAUAAUAAAGAUAUAAAAAACUAUAAAUUUAUCAAAAACUAUCCUAAUGUAUAUACUUCGUUUAAUAAUGGAACAGAAUCUAAAUACCUCCAUUCAAACUUAAAACAUUAUUUACAUAACAGUAUAUUUUUUACCAUCAAAGUUAUCAUACUAUGGCAUGAGUAGGCCUUGUAUUAUGUAAACUUAAAAUUCACAAAGAAAUAUGUGAUAUAUAAUUUGUGUGUUGUUAUCAUAGUAGGCAAACUGAAAUUAUUGUAAAUCUUUCUACUCACACUUAUUGCCUUGCGGGAAAUUAUAUUAUACAUAUAUAGAAAAGCGAGAGAGCAAUAGAGAUCUGGUUGGAAUAAGAAAAGGCCUAAGCUAGGCGAUAUUCUAUGAUAAUGAUUCCCGUGUUUGUGAAAGUGUUUUAUCAUUGUGAAAUGUGUGCUGUUUGCACAAUUUUGAUCAUCAAUUACCCCAUUAUUUAUUUAGCCAUAUUUUAACUAGUCUUAAGAAUACACAAAGACCGAUGAAAUGAUGAUCAUCUGAAAAGUUUAAAACUAUGUUCGCGAUCCGGUAGUUUUAAAUUUUACAAACACUAAGAUUAACAAAUUUAAAUAUGGCGUUAAAUUCAUAAAAAAUAUAUAAAGGUUAUUGCUACCAGCUAGCUACUACACUAAACAAUUAUAAGUAGGUCAUUCCUAAUAAAUAUGGCAGGUAUACUGUAAAUUAAUUAGUUAUUCAGGCAAUAAGUGUGGUCAGAUUUGGAAAAUUAAUGUUUCUAAACAAAUUUAGGAAAAUGUAUAAUGUUGAACAGAUGUUACCAAAUUUAUGUAGACGAUAAUAUUAUUAGAUUAUAAGAUAAAGGCUCGUUAUCCCACAUAUUGAAAUGUACUAUUCGCAGUCUUGAAAAUUAAACUAAUUAAUAUUUUAAAUUAUAUAAUUAAUUAUUUCGAUAAGUCAGUAGGUAUUUGUUGUAUCUUCAAGGGAUAAAAAUACGUAAUUUAAAUUAGGUUUGUGUUUAUUAAAAAAAGUUAUUUGUCUUGAU